AUGUUGUUUGUUUUAUCGCUUAUGGCGGCUUUCUGCUCUGCUAAGGACAACAAACCACCAGACACCAAGGAAACUGCAUUUAUACUUCGAUAUACUUAUGGCCACUGCACGUAUUUUUUAUUCCAGUUGAAAAGGUUAGUUUAUGGAUAAAACUAGGAAGUUACGUAUCGUAUGUGAAUGCUACUAUUAGAUCAGUCUUCAGCUUUAAAGGGAAAUGUUCCAAAUUCAGAAAUAACAUUAGGCGGUAUGAUUAUUUGCAAGAAAAAUCGAUCGGUAUUUUAAGAAGAGAAAAAUCAUUUUCAGUUUUAAAAUAAUCAAAAGCGGACGCAUCAAAGAAACCCAGAUUAAAACUUGCAAAUUUACUUACUUACAAUUUACUUUAGUAUUUACUUCCUCUCCUGGAUUGAAGCUCUAGAUGACAAAUUCUGUCGAUCUUCAGCAGCCUGUUCCAUCUUGUAAUGGCGGACAAACCGGGAUGUGGACAUACAUGACAUGUGUCCCAGGAGCCCCUGGGGCGCCAGGUAGUGAUGGAACUAAAGGAGACCUGGGCAGCCCGGGGAAAAAUGGGACCCAGGGACCACGUGGUGCUGACGGAAAGAAAGGAGCAAAGGGAGAGCCUGGGAUCCAGGGUUCUCCCGGCCAAAAAGGAGAGCGAGGGGACAAAGGCAACAGUGGAACGCCGCGACUGGCUUCACACAUGAACUGGAAGGAGUGUGCUUGGAAAAAGAGAGACGAGAACAAUACAGGACUGAUAUAUGUAAGUGAGCAAGUCACUUAAUUGUUACCAGAUAACCAGAGUCAAAAAGUACUUUAUUAUCGAUUUGUUAGUUCAAACCAAAUAAUUUUCAUACUGUGAAAAUCACAAAACAAAUAAUUGUCAUACUGCACAGAAGCUAUUUUGAUUCUUUAUAUCUCGUUUAGAACUGUGACUUUGUGAAGAAAUACCCAGACAGUUCCCUCCAUGGCUACUGGUAA